UAAACACGGGCUAAAAUGUUCGCAGGUUACUGGCAACCAAAUGGUCAAAAACAUAACCGGAUAUCACCUGUACAAAAUUCUUUAUAUGAAGUAUCUACCGGUUUAUGCUAUUCUCUGUUUUUUAAAUGUUACCUGACUUUGUCGUCGUUGCUUACAGAGGAAAGCAUUGCCUUCUCAACGGGGCGAGUCAGGACCAAGACAGUCAAGAAGGCCGCCAGGGUCAUCAUUGAGAAAUACUACACACGCCUGGGCAGUGACUUCCACACCAACAAGAGGGUGUGCGAGGAGAUCGCCAUUAUCCCCAGCAAGCCUCUGCGCAACAAAAUUGCAGGGUAUGUGACCCACCUGAUGAAGCGCAUUCAGCGCGGCCCAGUCCGAGGCAUCUCCAUCAAGCUGCAGGAGGAGGAGAGAGAGAGGAGGGACAACUACGUCCCAGAGAUUUCUGCACUGGACCAGGAGCUAAUCGAGGUGGAUCCAGACACAAAGGAAAUGCUCAAAAUGCUGGAUUUCAGUGGCCUAUCCAACCUUCAAGUCACUCAGCCAACUAUUGGAAUGAACUUCAAAACACCAAGAGGACUGUAAAAUCAUGUGUAAUAAUUCUUCUAAUAAAGAGACAUAAUUAUUAAUAA